AUGGUGGAUCGUGCACUGGCCUCUGGGCAGUGCGACUAUUCGAUGCUUUGUGACGCAUGGGGAACAGCGCUGGAGGAACACACCCACCUCUCGACACUCAAAGUUGCACGACUGCUGGCCUGCCAAGUAAAAGCACAAAAACUGCCCUGGCCGCCCUACCCGGAUGAUUGCCAGUGGCUAAAUUUCUCAGCCUGGCAACUGAGUGUCCAAGAGCUGAACCAGGAUACGCUGCGCAGAAGAAUUGCGCUGCCCGCCUCUUCCCGCGAGAGCGUGGUAAGCAUGAAGAUCCCGGACUUCUUUGAGAGCCUCGCAUCGUUGGAGGAUCUGCAAUCAGACGGCCUAGCGGCAGCAGCGGCAUUGUGCCAACAGCAGCCAUGGGGUAGGGCAGCAUUUUCUUGGCAGCGAGUUGUCCCUGGCAUGAUAAAGCGCGGUCGCGAGGAUAUGGUUGAAGUUGAAGGAGUAUCGACUGCGAUGCGGACGGUAAAGACUACUUGGAUGUCAUGGGCCAUCCGAACUGGUUCAGCGGAGUUGACAACUGCGAUCUAUCAGUGCCUGUUGGAGGAACACCGCAAGUCUUUUUUGGGACACUGGCAAGUCCUGGCGGACAUCGACGCGUCAUCGAUUGCUCUGGCUGGGGAUGCGUGGGAUGCUGUCGCGAAGAUGUCAGGUCAGUUUGGCUUCGAUCCGCUCUCUUGGCUGAUGGCGGUUGGUGAUCUCUCAGCAAACAUGCCGCAGGCUCUCGUGACAGCCGCACUCGAGCAUGGGUCCAACAC